GUCAGGUUCGAGAUUACGAUAUUACAACCACCUAUCUUCUCUCCCCCUUGACAUCUCACUCUCGUCUGCAUCUGCAUCUUUACGUUUAUUCUUCGAUCUCGGCCUUCUCGCAUCUGCCUCUUUACGUUCCUCGCCUCCGACAAGUUUUGGACUUUUACGCCAUCCACCCCGACCUCGGCUUUGCAUCCUUUCGACCUUCGAAUUCUCAAGCUCAAGCUCGUCGAACGAUAACCAGCACGUACACUCGCGACCUGGAUAAUGCCCCACGUAGCUACGAACCCGACCAUCUCCCUAGGAUUCACCUCGUCCACCACCGCAGCCUCUCCUUGGACUUACGGCAAGACUUCCAACUCGACCCCGACAUCCAAUUCGAAUUCGAUGGCGAACAAUGUCGGUAUAGGAGGAUCUUAUGGAAGCGCGACGGGGUUGUCGAGCUCGUUCGCUGCGUCAGGGUCGGGAGUGGUAGGAGGUUCAGCUGCGGGGGUCAGCAAGGACGUCUUGAGGAACUUGCAGGACGUGGUUUGGAGUGACGACGAGGAAGACCCAGAAUGUCCAUUGUGUAUGGAAGAGCUGGAUCCUUCGGAUGUCAACUUCAAACCGUGUGUCUGCGGAUACCAGAUCUGUCGGUUCUGUCAUCAUCAGAUCAUCCACGAUUUGAACGGGUUGUGUCCGGCUUGUCGGAGACGAUACGAAGAUCAAGAGAUCCAGUUCCAGCCCGUGGAUCCGGAAGAGAUGAAGCGGCUGCAGCAGGCCAAGGCGCUCAAGCAAAAGGCUAACAAGCAGCUCGAGGCGUUAGGGAGGAGACACUUGAGGGAUGUGAGGAUCGUCAGGAAGGACAUGGUCUACGUCACCGGGAUGAAGAUGGGCAGUGGGGACAAGGAGGAGUUCUUGUCGCUACUCCGGUCGAACGAUUACUUUGGACAAUACGGCAAGAUCUCAAAGAUCUUUCUCCGCAAAGGAUCGUCCACCUCGGACCCGUCUGCCAACUCGCUCAACUCGGUCGCUUCCGGUGAUGAUUCAGAUCUAGGGAUCUACAUCACCUACAUCCGACGGGAAGACGCGGCGAGGGCCAUCUCGGCGUUGGAUGGGUACCCGGCACCUAGCAAUCCGGGGAGGACGCUGAAGGCCAGCUAUGGGAGUACAAAGUAUUGUCUGAGCUGGUUGAGGGGGGUCAAGUGUGAGGAUGGGUCGGCUUGUAUGGGCAUGCAUGAGUGGGCCGGUGAAGGGGACACUUUCACCAGGGGAGAUAUGACGACCAUGCAACAUACGAUCAAGGACACGGGGACGACGAUGGACUUGCAGUUGCAGAACCGGGAACGGACGGUCAGUAGCUCGGGACCGAAAGCAUCGGCUGUCCAGCCCAUCUCGAAGCAGGCCAAGACGCCAGACGAAUCGAUCGACUCGUCGGCGCUGCCAAGGACGGCUCACUGGGCAACAAGACCGCCGGCUCCACCGGUUCAGCCACCGAUCAAGCGGAAAGCAAAGGUGUUGAGCCUGUCGAGCUUGUCGAAACCGACCUUGACGACCUUGCCUGCGCCUUCAGCGGCUGCGGCAGGAUCGGAUCGGUCGGCAACGGCUUCACCGGUCGUCAAGGUCAAGACGCCGUUUGCUACUCCCUCGGCGUCAGUGUUGGCGGCUUCGAGAUCGGCCAAGGCUGCAGCAGCUGCGGCAGCGGCAACCACGUCAUCGUCUUCAUCGUCAACGCCUGUAGCAGGUAUUUCGGCAACGGACGCGAGAAAGUCGGAUUCGGUCAGGCCGAGCAUGACAGUGUUGUCUCGGUCGACAUCGACGACCACAACCAAAGCUGUCCCUUCGGCUGCACCAUCGGUCGCAGCGGACUCCCCCGUUUCGACAACGACCAAGCAGGCUCUGCCGGAAGAGACUGAACCGGAGAGGACCGCCUCGCCUGACCAGAUGGAUUCAAACGGUUCGGCCACCCCGGUACCUGCUUCGACGACAGCGGAGGAAGACAAGACGGUCGAAGAGGCCAUCAAGGAUAUCGCUAUGGAAGGACAAUUGACGCCCGUUCAGGGAGGACGCGCCGAAAGCGCUUCCCCGGCUACUUCACCCUCGCCUGCUUCUCCACCCGUACGCGAGGCCAACCCUGCUUACCAGCCUUCGGUACAAGCUCAAGCUGUCGUCGACGAGGUCUUGUCGAGACGGGAAGGACAGGCUCCGGUCUACCAGAUCCAAUCACCUUACCCGGAUUUCGACGAUUUCAUGGAGUGCUUCGCCGAUGGCGACUUUACUUACCGUCUCGAUGUCAAACUCGAGGUCGAGGAGGGCAAGCUGGAGAAUCUGUUGGCAGGCGUCGAGGAUAUCUUGGCGAUGGGCAAGGCAGAGGCUGCGAUCGCGGGUCCGUCAUCGUAUGAAGGCGUGUUUGACCCGUUCUUGGAUCCACCACUGGACGAUUUCGGAGGCAUUCCGAUGACGAGAACGUUAUCGAACAGUGCCGAGGACGAGUCGAAGAAGAAGGGGUCGAGAUUCGGGUUUGCCAAUCGGUCAGGACCGCCCGAGACGGCCAUGUCGACCUUGUCAUCUUUGAUGGCACCAUCAUCAAGCCGGAUGAUGCCCGACGUACGAGCGUUUUCGCAGUUGGACAUGGUAGCGGGACGGCCACAACAGGAGAACCUGAGCAAUCCCAACUACUUUGCUGGUCUGCCGGGGACGUCAGCGUCGCGGGUAGAGACCGAGAUGACUCCAUCAUCGAAAUCAGCUAUGCCGUACCCGAUGCAAACGUCAAGUCCGGCGCAAACGCACCAGGAACGAGCACCUUCAGCAGGCGGAGCAAUGCCACCCCCACCACCGGGGCUGGGAGGACCUGUCAACGCGUCGACUUUCCCGGCCUACCAGCAGCAGCAACAGCAGGGCGUCAAUGCCAACAGGAACAUGCAGCAAGCCAUGGAGCAGCAGAUGCUGGCCAACAUGCAUGGCUACCAGCAUCAGUUCCAGGCAGACGGUCGACGGACCGCCAGUCCUGGGUUGCAGCAGGCCCUGAGGGGAGGAAGCGGAAGCUCUCGAUUCCCUCGUGAAAGCUAUAACGCGAACGAGACUUUCCCCUUCCAAGACCCCGCUAUCCUGCGUAUGGCACCUCACAAUUUCCCCGCUGCUCAGAACCGAUUCAUGAACGAGCCUCAAGCCCACCUGUACGACAUGAACGCCGGCAUCUCUCCAUACCAACAGCACCAACAACAGCAACAACCUCAACAACCUCAGCAACAGCAACCCCAACAGCAACAGAACUUCCAGGAUAACAUCACCCCGAACGCCCGACUGCUGCAGGCCAUGCACGAGCAGAUGGGAGGAGCCCGAUCGGCUUCGCCCGGAUUGUCUGCCAAUCGCACGGCCUCUCGACAGGCUUAUGCAAAGAUGUAUUAGAUGGAUGUGCUACCCCAACCUGAAUCCCUCCUCUUAUACAGAUGCAUUGCCGCUUUG